CCUUGUGCCCCAUAUAUUGACUCAGAAAACUAUGCAAAUUUAUAUAUUUCAUCAUCAACAGUUUAAGAUUAGAGAGGAACUAUGAACUACAUUUUAGUCUGGUUCAAGUGACUAUCAGGGAGGGCCAUGUUUAAUACUUCUUGUCUAAAUCCUCAAUUUCCAGAUCUAUGAAGAAUAGGAUAGCAACAGGAGUGGAUGUCGAAUGUGUUUAUCAGGAAGAUUCCUCCACCCCUGUCCUGGACCGAGAGAAGAUUUACUGGGAGCUGAGUGAACAGACCCAUGGAAAAACAAGGCUGGGACCCUACAUUCUACAUAAGGAAAGCCUUUAUGUGGAUGGGUAUACCCAUCAGAUACCAACCACCACCACAAACACCUGGAGACCCAGUCUAGAGGCUUUCACCCUGAACUUCACCAUCACCAACCUGCUGUACACAGAAGACUUGGGGCAGAAGGAUUCCAUCAAAUUCAAGUCCACUGAAAAGAUUCUUCAGAAUAUGGUAAGGGUUGCCACUGCUUUGAUUUGCAAAGUGUUUAUUCUAUUCAAGAAGCUUCCAUUGCUCCUCAUGCCUUUACCUCUAGACAAUACUUAGCUCACUUCCCUUUUCUUCUCUUAUCUAGCUUGGCCCUUUGUUUGAGAACAGCAGCCUUGGUUCCAGUUAUUCCAGGUGCAAACUGACUUUCCUAAGGUGAGGCCCAGCAUCCUUAAUGGACUCCAAUUAUGUAGACUUACUUAAAUAAAGCCACCCCUUUCUGCCUCUUCUUAUUCUUCUUCCAAGUCAGGAUAUCCACUGUUCCACUCAUAGCUGACCCAUUCAGUCACACUCAUCUCAUUUUCUAUUCUCAGACCAUUGGAUUUAAGAGUCAGAGUGAGCUUGAGUAAAAAAUCUUGUCUCACAACAUGAGAAAAUUGGGUCCAGAAAGGCUGGGACUAUAUCAAGGUCACAAAGGGAUUCCGUGGCAGAUUUUUAAUCUCAUGUAAGAUUUUAGGCCAUACAUCUGAUUCUUGUUCUUUCAUCU